AUGGCAGAUGUCCGAGAGUUUACGGCCAAAGAGGUCGCUGCUCACAACACCCGCGAUGAUUGCUGGAUGAUUAUCCAAGGUCAAGUCUACGAUGUCACCAAGUACAUCCACGACCAUCCUGGCGGCGCAGAUGUGCUCAUUGACGCUGCUGGUCAGGAUGCCACGGUAGAGUUCGAUAACGCAGGCCAUUCUGAAGAUGCCUUUGAGAUCAUGGCUGAGUACCACCUUGGCAAAUACAAGGGCAUGCCCACACGAAAUGCCCCCAAGCCCGUCAUCCUCAAGGCCAAGGCUGCCCUACCUACGGCUAGCUCAGCCCGGAGCCUGACAUCCAAGACCGCCGGCGCUUUUGCUAUCACUGCCUCCGAACUCAUUGUCCCUAGUGCGCUACUGCUCCGUCCCCGCCGCCCGACAGAACUGGGCUUCAUCGAGGGCUUUGCCGUGGCCACAGCCGUUUUCGCCGUCGCCGGCGCCGUCGUCAGCAAGAAGCUCGCUGCCCUCCUUCACUUCGAGGAGGCCGGUUUCCUGCGUUAUGCGCCGCACAAGAAGAUUCCCAGAAUCGCCAAACCAAACCCCCUCCUCCAGCGCGGCUGGCUCGACUCAACCAACUACGCGCCCCUGCCACUCGUCGCCAAGGAGCUCCUCGCACCCUCCGUCUACCGCCUCGCCUUUGCCCUGCCAACCAACACAACGGUCCUCGGCCUGCCUAUUGGCCAGCACGUCGCCAUCAAGGCCGAGAUUGAUGGCAAGGUCGUCUCGCGGUCCUACACACCCACAUCGAACAAUGCCGACCUCGGCACCCUCGAGCUCGUUGUGCGGUGCUACCCCGACGGCGCGCUGACGGGCCGCUACCUCGCUCACCUGCAGGUCGGCGACGAGGUCCUCUUCCGCGGGCCCAAGGGCGCUAUGCGCUACCGCCGCGGCAUGUGCCGCAGGAUCGGCAUGGUCGCCGGCGGCACGGGCAUCACGCCCAUGUUCCAGCUCGUGCGCGCCGUGUGCGAGGACGACAGCGACACGACCGAGAUCAGCCUCGUCUACGCGAACCGCUCCGAGGGCGAUAUCCUGCUGCGUCGCGAGCUUGAAGCCUUUGCGCGCCGCUACCCGGCCAACCUGAAGCUGCACUACCUCGUCGAUGAGGCCGAGGACGGCUGGCAGUACGGCACCGGCUUUGUGACCAAGGACGUCAUACGGGAGCGGCUGCCGGCGCCGGCGCCGGAUACCAAGAUUAUGCUGUGUGGGCCGCCCGGCAUGGUGACUGCUGCGAAGGCGGCACUUGUCGAGCUCGGGUUCGAGAAGCCGGGGGCGUCGGCUAACAUGACCGAUCAGGUGUUUUGCUUCUAG